UUAGGCUUUUAAAUAUAUGCGGAAAUAUUUUGUUCUACAACACAAGCGUAGACACAUUUGAAAAAAAAACCCUUCAGCUCCAUACCAUGUUUUCCUUUCCCUUGAGAAGAAAACAGUGACUUCAUAAAACUUUUUGAAUGUUUACAUUUUUCGCAGUAAGCCCUUUUAUUUUUUAUAAUUAUAUAGGUAAAAAGGUACAUGCGCUAGAUGAAGUUAUCAUUAUCACACGAAGAUAUCAUUAAGACUUUAUGUCAUUCAGAAGUUAGGCCACCAUCAAAAAUAUGUUGUGUUCGCAUCCUGAAGACCCUGCAAAAAAGAGUCGGGCGGGCGGUCGGGCGUAUUUUUUUCAGGGAUUUUCAGAUCGGAGCAAGCAAAUUCGUUCCCAGGGCCAAAACAGUAUAGCGCCACUCGACAUCGUUUGUAGACCAUUGUUCGCCGCCCUAAACUGUCAGUAGCCACAGGAGUGCCCUAAGGGGCCGUUGACAAACAGUUUUCUUGCUAGACUUGGACCCCUUCCUCCCAGCUUCUUAACGGCAAGCCCAUUUCCCCUAACUUAGUUUUCGUCUCCGUUAAUGUCAAAUUUGCUGUUAAAUAGAAAUUUGCCCCCUCCGCGCUUUACGGAACAAUUUUUGUGGAGACUUAUAAUACGAACACGAGAUACAUUUUUUUAACAACCAAUUCUAGAUUAUGGCGGAUUUUUACUGUGGAAACAUUUUCUAAUUUGUCGAAUUUUUUUUCAUUUUCCCUAAAAGAAACAAAAAGGGCGAGAAAGUGAAAUUUGUCUCCAUUUUUAUAUUUUUAACGGACAAAGCAUUACCCCCUCCCCCCCUAACGGCCAAUUUGCUGUUAACGGAGACGAAAACUGUUCGUCAACGGUCCCUAAAGGAAUUAAUUUUUACGAAAAUCAAUUUUUGUAAGUUUUUCUCAAUUUUGCAUGAAUUAUUUCUGGCAAAAAAAAAAUUUCUUUUUAAUAAUAAUUUUUUUCCGUUUUUUUUUCCGACUUACCGACUCAGGUUUUUAUUACCAAAAGUGAGUCGGUCGGAGGACUCGAACACAACAAAUUUUUGAUGACUGCCUUAUUCAUAUUGACCAUCUACACUCGAUAAUAAUAGUAAGUCUCACCAAUAUUUUGGUGGAAAAAAAUGGACUGAAAAAGACCUUUCUUUGCCUCUUGCAUAUUUCUGACUGCUACGCAGUUGUUUUUAGAGCGUGGAAGGGCUUACUGCAGAAAAUACAUGCACACAGGCAACAAGUAUAAAGAACAGACCACAACAAUUAAAGAAGUCAAGUUAAAAGGCAACUUACUUUUUGAAAAAAUUAAAACAUGAUGUUAAGAGAAAAUGAUAAUUAAUAAUAAUCCAUUCCAGCUACUUUUAGAUUGUUUAUUCCUUAAGUCUAUAGCCAGAUGAAAGGAAAUAGUCAAUUUUCUUUAUGCGGUCCUUCUUUAUUGCCUGUAAAGAUGUGCGCACAUAUAGGGAACUUUGUAAACAUUUGCAACUCAUCCAUUCGGUGAUUGACGUCAUAACAAUUUUUGGAGGUUUCCGUAUUUUAGGUAAAGAGAGUGCAAAGCUAGAGACAUUUUGGAGUUUCAAGAACAAUGUUAGGAAGUUUACACAGAUAAUUUUUUGAGCAAAAUCUAGAUAGCUAAGCAUCAUUUCCAGACAGAUUUUGUUGUCUUUACCUUUCGUUAGCUAAUUAUUCUUCCAUUUCCACAUUUUUUAGCAUUAUUCCCCCUACGAACUAGCUUUGUUUUCACCCUGCGAAAUUUUAAAAAUGUCGGAUGUAGCACAAAUGUGAUUUGCCAGUUAAGCAAAAUGUCAAUCAUCACUACGGCAACAAAGCUGAACCGAAUCGCUGAAUACAGUCAGCCUCCACCACUGAGUUUCUUAUAAACGAUUACUUGCAUAAAGCAAACAGGAGAGGAAAGAAGAAAUUCGAGAGAAGAAAUUCGACGUGUAAGAAAUGCAUUAAUCGCAAAUGGAUACAGUCAUAAAGUCAUCACGCCAGUAGAAAAUAAAACAAAGAGAAAAUGCAAGGGAGACAACAAGAAAACAUCAGAGAAUUUCAUUGCAUCAGCAUUCCUACCCUUUGUACCAGGUACUAGCGAGAUCCUUCGUCGAGUUUUAAGGCAACACAAGAUCAAAUGCAUUCUUAACUCUAAAGACACCCUAAGAAGCACUUUGUCUAAACCAAAAGACAAAAUAAACCUGGAAGAACAAUGCAAUGUUGUUUACGAAAUCCCGUGUAAAGAUUGUGAUGCAGUGUACAUAGGCGAAACAAAAAGAAAGUUUAAGCAACGAGUACAAGAACUUAUGCGCGCAGUGAGAAACGGAGAUGUGAAGAAAAACGAAAUUGCGAACCACAGCUGGAGCAGAAGUCAUCAGUUUAAUUGGGAUGAGAAGAAAAUCAUUGACAGAGAAUCCAGAACAAUGGCCAGGAAAAUUAAAGAAACUAUCAACAGUGUAGCACGUAACAAACACAUAAACAGCAUCUCGUAUCAACUUCCUGAGAUUUGGUUACCAGCCCUACAGAAGAAGUAGUUACCUACAUCUAGGUCCGAAAAUGUUAAUUACCGUAAUUAACUGUAAUUAUCAGCUCGUUUCUGAUUGGUUAAUUUUUAUGAAUUUCGAUCCUCUGCAAUUAUAUAAAUACAUGCUCAACAUCAUUUUACUUUGCCCGAUGAUGGGAGAAGGAUCUUCCGAAACAGACACUGAACAGACAAACCGAAAUAAUAUCUUCAAUAAUAAAGCAAUUUCUUUAGAAAAUGUGCAAAAUUAAUUAACCUCGUUGAAAAAUGUUUUACUUUACCUCUUAACAGUAAAGGACGAAAAAGGGAACUUUAGCUCCUUGCUCUAUGUGUUCUGAACGUUUGAAAAGUGUGGUAUAGGGUACUGUCCGACAUUUCACAUAAAUAAAAGCAUAAAAUUCACAGACCAUAAAACAAUGUCGUAUAGCUAUAAGAUGAAAGAUAGAAAGAUAAAUAUUUGAAGUUAUUUAUUUUUAAAUUUUAAACUCCCAGGCAAAAAUAUUAAAUUUGAUUCGCUUUAGCGUUCGCGGGAUUUUGAUCACUGGUGUCUGCGCAUAAGUCAAAUCGACCUCGUCCCCCCAUCAACAAUCAGUGGCAUGGCAGCAGGAAAGGGGAUUGUAGCAAUAUUCCGAAGAGAUGUGUUAUUGUUGGGACUUAUCACAUUUUAUCUCAGAAACACCAUGCGUCCGAUCUUCGCUUUUAUUUGGUAUAAGUUGCGGUUUAACUAUUGGUCUUGGUAUGGGUUUGUAUUCCAAACGUAUUAAGAAAUCUUGUGAUAUUGCAGUUGGUUCCUUCAUUAUGACGUCAUUGGGUUCAUGGAGUUACUGCUAUUAUUCGAGAUGGCAAAGAUUUCAAAAUAUGGAAGCUAUUAUCAAAGUUAUUGACGAGAAAAACAGAAAAAAUGAAGAGAAGGAGAGAAGGUAGCGUCCACCAUUUGUUGGUUAGAGAAA